GCCGAGAGGCGUGGUCGGGUUUGGCAGGUCGGCCGGCCUGACCGCCGACCACCUGGACCACCCCCCGGCUCUUCUCGGUCCUGGGCUGGGGCUGGCUUGUAGCCCCGAGCCCUCGCCUGUCCCUCCACUUCCCACCCCCGGCUGCAGUCUUCUGCUGCUUCCAACUCCCCACCCUUAACUGCCUGCCCCGGUAUCUGCCCCCCCCCCCCCCACGCCGCCCUCCGCCCUGCUCUGCCCCUCCAAGGGCCGUGUCUCUGAGCCCCGACCCCAUGGCGCUUCAGGCGCUGCAGAGCUCGGGGGUGGCCUUCCGCAAGAUCCUGUCUCACUUCCCCGAGGAGCUGAGCCUGGCUUUCGCCUACGGCUCCGGGGUGUACCGCCAGGUGGGGCCCAGUUCAGACCAGAAGAAUGCCAUGCUGGACUUUGUUUUCACAGUAGAUGACCCUGUUGCAUGGCAUUCAAAGAACCUGAAAAAAAAUUGGAAUCAUUACUCUUUCCUAAAAGUUUUGGGGCCCAAGAUUAUCACCACUGUACAGAAUAACUAUGGCGCUGGAGUCUACUAUAAUCCAUUGAUCAUGUGUGAUGGUAGGCUUAUCAAGUAUGGGGUCAUUAGCACUAGUAUUUUGAUUGAAGAUCUCCUCAACUGGAAUAAUUUAUACAUUGCUGGACGACUCCAGAAACCGGUGAAAAUCAUAGCAAUGAAUGAGAAUGUUGCUCUUAGGUCAGCCCUUGAUAAAAAUCUGAAGAGUGCUGUGACCACGGCUUUCCUCAUGCUACCCGAAAGCUUUUCUGAAGAGGACCUCUUUAUAGAGAUUGCUGGACUGUCUUAUUCAGGCGACUUUCGGAUGGUGGUUGGAGAGGAUAAGACAAAAGUGUUGAAUAUUGUGAAGCCCAACAUAGCCCACUUUCGUGAGCUCUAUGGCAGCAUACUGCAGGAGAAUCCCCAAGUGGUGUAUAAAAUCCAGCAAGGCAGACUGGAGAUAGAUAAAAGCCCAGAAGGACAAUUCACUCAGCUAAUGACAUUGCCUAAAACCUUACAGCAACAAAUAAAUCAUGUUAUGGACCCUCCUGGAAAAAACAGAGAUGUGGAAGAAACUUUAUUACAAGUUGCUCAUGAUCCAGACUGUGGAGAGGUGGUGCGACGAGGGCUUUCAGCAAUUGUGAGACCUUCUAGUAUGAAACAGAGCACCAAAGGCAUUUUCACUGCCGUCUUUCUGAGACUCACUCUGUCGGAGCCAUCAAAGGGAGAGACCGUUUUCAAAGAAGAGAGGUUUCUGUGCAGUAGCAGCAAACCAUGGCUACACGGUGACGCUCAUGUACUUUAGGUAUUUACCUUAAAUGUUAUGCUCCAAGGAGUCUGUAUGUAAGGUUUGUGAAGUUGCGCUGGGACUUAUCAUGGUUGAUGCAUCUUCCUCUAGCUGUGACUCAAUGCCCUGGGGUUGCUAUGUUGAACCUUACUGUAUGCACCACCUGUGUUCUGCUUAGUGUCUUGAUUGGCUCCGGCUGGAAUAUUAAAAAAAAAAGAACCUUACGUAAUAAGUUUCCAGUCUCAAUGCUCAACUGGGUGAGGUUCACCAAAGUGGUUGCUCCAGGGAGAAAAUUAAAAGAGGCGGAGGCAGGGAAAGGAGCUCUGAGUUUCUUGACUACGCUAUGUCAGUUUGCAAAUAAUCAGUAGAAAAGCUGGGCCAGAGUUUAUAGAAGUAUUCGCUAACAAUUUUCCUGAUAUGCUGCCUUUUUACCCACCACUGCCUGCAGUAGCUUCUUCGAAGGUUCUGAGUGGACUGGGCAGCUUCCAGGUAAUAUGCCCAGGUAUUUUCAAGAGACCACUCAAACCCCCAUAGUAGGAGUCUCCAGAGUUAAUCCUGUUACUCAUCCACAAAGCUUAAGGUGCACUGCCAGAAGUGUGUGUUUCAGACUUGCAACACACACCACAAUUUGUAUCUCAUGAUGAAAAAGACUGUUGGGAUCUUUGGGCCACACCCUGAAACACAGACUAAAUGAUCUCAUCCUCAGCACAAAGGAAGUUGAGCCCAUAAUACCGUCUGCAAAUUGGAUCCUAUUAGAUCUGACAGACAAAUAGCAUCCCAUUAUUCUAUCCCAUUUUACUUCUGUCCCAUUGGCCCCCAGAGAGCCUCUCCUCCGGUUUCAUCAGGUACUUGUGAUUAAGUAGGUGGGGAGCUAGAAGGUCACAUAUCUGGAUGAGGUGCAUCUGUCACAUCAUUUCAAAAGUGUAUACCGAAUACCUGCUAUGUGCCAGGCACUGUACUAGAUGAUGGGGAUACAGGGACAAAUGAGGCAUGCUCCCUGUCCUUAAGGAGCUCCCAGUCUAGGCAGAGGGACAGCUCAGUAAACUGACAAGCACCACGCAGUGUGGUAAGUGCUGUACGCGUGGCCAGCACAGGUGCUGUGGGACCAGGAGGACCAGCAUCUGAAUCGGCCUGGGGGGUCCAGGAAGGCACUUCUGCAGAAGGAAUCUGAAAGGGGGAUGGAGCGAACAGAUGGAGAGGGAUGGAACUGAUACCCGUUCUGGGCAGGCCGGUGGGGUACUCAGUGAUGCAGUGGCAGGGAGCUGGGGGUGGUUGGGAUGCAGGCACUGGGAGUCAGAAGGGGGGCUGCGGAUGUCCAUUUACAUGCAGAGUUUUGUCUUUGUUUUCCUUUCUCGUUUUUAAAAGAGCUACUGAAGUCAAAGGCUGAUGAUAGACUUGAUAGGCUCGUAACUCGAAAGAUUCACGUAUCCCAUUAACUCAGGUACCUUUGGCAUUCAUGUCACUGUGGCAGUAAUGCCUAAAUCAGAAUCUCUCCCCCUUAUGUUGACCAUGGUGAUCCUUAAUCAUCUUCGGCUCCCAGGGUCUCCUGGGCACCACCAAUCAGCCCAUCACUGCUGCCUUCCAAAGACAGGUCUCUGAUGAGAAUAUCAUGGAAGCUCUAGCAGAGUAUCUGGUCAUCAAGCCCCAACUUUCUAACCAUCUCUUCUUUUU